AUGACGGUGUGCAGGUUCUUUCUUCAAGACAGAUGUGCGUACGGCAACAACUGCAAGUUCGAGCACCCACAAGGAGGUGCUGGUGGACCAGGCAGGAGUGGAUUUGGACAGAGCGCAUUUGCGCCUCCCUCAGCAUUUGGAGGAGGAGGAGGCAGCGCUUUCGGUCAGGCGAGUGCUUUUGGAUCGAUUUCAGCCUUCGGUAACAGCAACAACAAUGCAGCUGGAGGCACACUCGGUAAAUCGCCUGGAGCAAGUGCAUUUGGUGCGACCGCACCGAGCGUAUUUGGCGGUGGAGGAAACCCAUUUAGUAGCCAGGGCACAGCUUCAGCUUUUGGUGCAAGUGCACCUGCCGGAUCGGCUUUUGGAGCAUCGACGGGGGCACCGAGUGCUUUUGGAUCGACGUCAAUACCAGCAUCAGCCUUUGGUGGUGUAAACAGGCCCGUUUCCGGGUUUGGAUCUGCUGCGCCUGCUUCUACGUUUGGGUCCAGCGCAGCUCCAUCUGGGUUCGCAUCGACAGCGACUCCAUCUGCUUUCGGAUCGACAUCGAAACCCCCUGCAUUCGGGUCAACCACUUCACCUUCGCCCUUCGGCCCAACGUCGACGCCUUCCGCAUUCGGCGGCAACAUCAACACAAAGCCAUCCGCCUUCGGCUCCGCAUCAACAUCGUCAGCCUUUGGCACAUCAUCGGCCUUUGGCUCACAAGCACGUCCCACAGCAUUCGGUUCCGCCGCCUCAGGUCCUCCGAACUGCUCUGCCGCACCGAACUUGGCCUCGAUCCCUUCCGGAUUCGCAUCACUCAACCCAUCGUCCCCCUUCACAUCCAAGAUGAAUCAAUAUGGCGAUUCCAACUUGCCCGAGGUAUCGCUCUCCGCGGCCUCUAUCGUCGACGAUCUUGGACCGCAAGGACGACCGCUGUGGAAGCUAAGCGCGUACGCCCCUGCGAGAGGAGAACCGAACUUGAUCAGUGGAAAAGAUGUCAGUCCAGAUGAAUUACGUGUCAUGGCGUACCAGGCGAGAGCGAGUGGCCAAGAGGCGCAGUACGUGCAGCACGAACAGAAGCUUAUGCAGGAAGCAGAUGCAGCGUUCAGAGAAGUUGCUAGUAAUCCUGGGAAUGCCGAGAGGCAGGCAGAGAGGAACAGGGAGGAGCGGAAGAAGCGGUUGCAACAGCAGCAGCAAGCUCUAUCGGGACGAGCAGCGGUGGGCGGAGCGGGUGCGUUCGGCCAGCCGAGCGGUUUUGUUGGUGGCAAUGCUGGAGCGUUUGGUGCGGCGAAACAGGCUGGGUCUGCGUUUCGUACUACCUCGGCGUUUGGAAGUGGUGCAGGUACAGCGUCUGCGUUCGGCCAGCCUUCAGGCGCGACAACAACCUCUGCGUUUGGCCAACCAUCUGCAUUUGGGUCGAAUACAACACCAGUGGCGACAGGAGGCGCGUUUGGCAGCACAUCUGCGUUCGGAAGUUCAGCUCCUCCCACAACAUCAGCGUUCGGCACGAACAAUAUCGCUACUCCCAACCCAUCUUCCGCUUUCGGCUCGUCAAAAACAGAAACAGCACCAGCAUUUGGAGGUGGUGUUACUUCUACCGCUCCCGCAUUUGGAUCGACUAGCUUUGGCUCUGCUCCAGCGCAGCCAUCUGCAUUCGGCAGUGGCUCAACCACUUCAGCCUUUGGCAGAUCGGCCUUUGCGACUUGUUCCACCCCCACUACGUUUGGCAAUGCGGCAGCAACAAAGCUGCACGAAGACCCGUACAGAGCUUCGGUGCCAACAAAGGAUCAAUUGACAGCAGACGUGUUGAGUCUGUUCGAAAAAGACUCUUUCGAAUGGGGGAUGGUGCCGUUUAUUGAGCCUCCGAUCGAUGUGCGCUAG